GAUCACUUAUCAAUGUUAUGGCAGCUUGUGAAUCUGGACCUAUGUUUUUGAGAGCAGUGAACUGUGAAGGGGAUUCGAAAGACAGGUUCUUCAUUUCUGACUUGCUCAUUGAUAGUAUUUUGGAGAUUGGUCCACAACAUGUUGUCCAGGUAAUCACUGAUAAUGCUAGCAAUUGCAAAGCUGCUGGAGCUAUUAUUAAUGCUAGAUUUCCACACAUAUUUUGGACUCCAUGUGUUGUGCAUACACUAAACCUUGCUUUGAAGAACAUAUGCACACCAAGUUCCAUUACUUCUAAUAAGGUUGCUUAUGAUGCAUGUAAUUGGAUUUCACAAGUUGCUGAGGAUGUGUGGUUCAUAAAGAAUUUCAUUAUGAACCAUGGUAUGAGGUUGGCUAUGUUUAAUGAGCACUCCCACUUGAAGAUGUUAUCCAUUGCUGAUACACGCUUUGCAUCCAUUGUUGUGAUGCUUAAGAGAUUUAGGAAGAUCAAGCAAUCUCUAGAACGGAUGGUGAUAAGUGAUCAAUGGGAAGCUUAUAGAGAUGAUGAUGUGACAAAAGCAAGGGCCGUGAAAGACUGAUAUUAGAUGAUGAUGCUUGGGCAAAGAUUGAUUACAUACUUGCCUUCACAUUACCCAUCUAUGAGAUGCUUAGGAGGAGUGAUACGGAUGAGCCAUGUGUUCACAAGGUUUAUGAGUGGUGGGAUGCUAUGAUUGAGCAAGUAAAGGCCGCUAUCUAUAAACAAGAAGGCAAAGAACAUGAAGAGCCUUCGGAAUUUUAUGAUGUGGUGUACACGAUUUUGCUAGCAAGAUGGACCAAGAGUUCCUCACCUCUUCAUUG